CCUCUGAGUCGGGUGCACCCACCGGCCCCCGCCGUUCACUCGGAUGGCCUUCCCGGAGCUGCUGCGGCAGUGUCUGGCGCCGAAGGAGCGGGGCGCCGCGGAGGGGCGGCUGCUGGAGCUGAGGGCAACGGAGCCGGCCCAGUUCGCCGUGGGCUGUGCGCAGGCGCUGCAAGAUGCACAGCUGCCCGCGGAGGUGCGGCAGAUGGCCGCGUGGUUGCUGCGGGGCGCGCUGCCCCUGACCGGCGCCGCAGCGGCGGUUCCGCUGCAGGCGGCCCUUCUGCAGGCCUUGGAGUCCCCGGCCCUGUGCCGGGCCGCCGCGCUCUGCUGCGCGAAGAUGCCGUGGCCCCAGCUGGUGCCGCAGCUCCUGCAGCUGGGCCAGCGAGGCUUUGGCAAGGAGGCGCUCAAGGCCAUGGCGCUCCUGGCGGAGGAGGGUGCCGCUUCGUCGUCCUCCGCGGCGUCCAUGGCAGAGGCGGCGCUGAAAGCCCUCCAGGCCCCGGACCUGGCGACGCGCCUGGCGGCAGUAGAGGCGCUUACCGCUUUGCUCCCCAAGGCCGCUGGGUCUGAGCAGGCGGUGCUGGCGGCGGCGCUGGGCGCGGCGAAGGCCUCGGAGCUGCGCCUCGAGGCGCUCAGCGGCCCGGCCAGCGGAGCGGAGAGGCGGAGAAGCGGAGGCGGAGGACUGCUGGAGGUUUGCGCACGGGAGUGCUACGACGUCAUCUCAGGAAGCGACUUACAGCAGCUGGCAGAGGUGGCAGCAGGCUGCGCGUCUGGCUCCGAGCUGGUGGCAUCACAAGCGCUUGAAGUCUGGGAGGCGCUGGCGGCGAAAGAGCUGGAGAUGGCGCAGAGAUCCCGAGGCCUGCUGGGGCAGGCAGCGCCUCUGUUGCUGCCGUUGCUGCAGCAGGGCCUGCAGCGGAAGCCGGAGGAUCCAGGUUGGCAGGAACGGUCCACACUGCAAGACUCGGCCCGAGCGUGCCUCAUGGCGACUGCAAAGGUGCUGGGGGAUGCGGUUCUGCAGCCCAUCCUGGCCUUUGCCUCGACCGCCAUGGGAUCUGAGGAUAUGUGGCAGCGACGUGCCGCUUUGCUCGCCUUUGGAGCAGUGCAGGAUGGCCCAAGCGCGCCAACCCUCCAGCCCUUGGUUCAGAUGGCGCUGCCGCGGCUACUGGAGGCGCUGACGGCGCCCUCGGUGGAGGCCUCCAGCGCUUUCUGGGCCUUGGGACGGCUACUGGAGCUGCACCCCGCAGCGGUGCCCGAUGACGCCCAGGCCCGGAUCUUCGAGGUGGCGGUGCUGCGUUUGACGGAGCCAUGCCUGGCUGAGCAGCUGUGCUAUUGCCUGGAUGGCGUAGUGGACCAACAGGCGGCGGUCCUGGAGCCACGCCUCUUCGGCACGGUGGCGGAGAGUUUGCUGAAGGGCGCUCAGGUCGCAGACCCCCACAGUCGCGCGCACCUGGCGCUCUUUGGAUGCCUCAACGAGCUUUUGGCCCGCGCUGCGGAGGACUGCUUGCCCCAGAUGGAGUUGGUCCUGGAGGAGGUGAUGCGACGGGCCGAUGUGGAGCUGUCGCGCGGGCCAGUUUCGCGGAGCCUCCUCAGCUGCCUGCGGGUGGUGCUGCAGCGCGUCUCCGAAAGGUCAAAGAGGUGUGGCCCGGCGCUGGGGGCGUUGCUGGACCGCAGCCUGCGCUUGGACCCCACGGAGGAGGAAGCGCUUCGAGCUAUUGGAUCGCUGGCAGCAUUGGGAGACGCCCAGGCGGUGGUUGCGUUGUGGCCCUUCCUCCUGUCCGCGCUGCGCGUGGACCUCCCUGAUCCCUGCCUGGCCGCCAUUUCCGCAGUGACCGACGUGGCCAAGGCGCUGGGGGAGUGCUUCGCGCCUUUGGGCGCCAGCGCGGUGGAGGCGCUGGCAGCCGUGGCGAAAGCUGGUGGGCGCUUGGGGCUGCGGGCCACGCAAGGCCUCAGCGCCAUCUUUGAGGUCCUGGGCCGGCACACGCCGCACCUCCCGGAGCUGCUGGCGCUGCUUCAGUCGCUGGCAGGGCCGAAGCUGGAGGAAUUCGAGCGGAGCCAAGGUGCCGUCCAUGAGUCGCAAGAGCUUUUGGAGGUGGUGUUGUUGGCGCAUGAAGCUCUGCUAUGCCAAGGCGACUCGGCGGCGCUGGCGGGGUCCGCGGGCUUCGCUCUGCGGCUGCUGCCGGCCAUGCGCACGGCCAAGGCACGGCGGGGCGCGCUGAAGCUGCUGCGGCACUUGGCGCAGGAGGCGCCGCUGGAGCUGCGGGCCUUCUUGGCCCAGGGCGCUGCCCGCAGCUGCGCCACGGAGCUGGUGAUGAUGGGAGCGGCUUCCCCCAACUCUGCGCUGCGAGAGGCGGCCAACACCGUGCGCGCAUUGCUGUGAGCUACGCUUCGUGUACUAUCUGAUGUCUUGCUCGACUGGGAGCGCCGGGAGAUCUCGCCAAAACUCAUCCAGCAUGCCCGGGUGAAACAUGCGCCGCCCAGCACGGAACACGCCAGGCCCUGAAGGACACGCGUGCGAUGUGGAGACUCCUACUUGCGCAAUGUGGCAACUUGGAGCACUGGUUUGGGCGCAUGGUUGCGCAUUUUGUAUCAGACGCCUACGGAGGACUUGGGUCAAGUGACGAGCCAUGCGCGCGUGGGCC